UCGUGUAGCACGCUUGUUUUGAAAUCGGAAAUUUCGAUUUAAUCUUCUGUUUACAAAAAAAGCUGCGUUUUCGGCAUUUUCGGCGUUAAUUUUGUUUCCGAAAUACUGCAAGUGCAGUUCGAAAAUUAAGUUAAAUUUUUAUAGUUCAUUGGCCAGCUAUGGAUAAUCCGCUUUUCGGAACUGCCCACUUAUUGGAUGAAGUAGACAAAAAAUUGAUGGUUCUUCUACGGGACGGUCGAACACUAAUCGGAUACCUUCGCAGCGUUGACCAGUUUGCCAAUCUCGUUCUGCAUCGGACGAUCGAGCGAAUACACGUGGGCAACGAGUACGGAGAUAUUCAGCGGGGUGUAUUCAUCAUCCGGGGAGAAAAUGUGGUGCUACUUGGUGAAAUAGACCGCGAGAAAGAGAACAAUCUGCCGCUGAAGGAAGUUUCGGUUGACGAUAUUCUCGACGCGCAAAGACGGGAACAGGAAGCAAAGCAGGAGAAGCACCGACUGAUAUCCAAAGCCCUCAAGGAGCGGGGUCUCAAUAUGAAUUCCGAAAUGACGCAGGACGAAUUUUAAUUGAAAGGCUGCGCUAAACCUAUAUAAUCCUCCUUUUGAGAAUUGGAUAUCCUUUUUAUUUAAAAUUGAUUUCCUGCAUACAUUCUUUAUAAUUAUAAAAAUCUAUAGGUAGAUUGUUUAAGACAUUGUUAUGGUUUUGUUAAAGAUCUUGUCCAAACAAUAAAACAAUUUCGUAUUUCUUCUGAUUUGA